AUGACUGAAGAGUGUAUUGAGAAUCCUGAACGAAUUGAUGUUAAUGCUGACUUAAUUAAGGCCAGAAAUGAAACGAACUUGAAAGAAUUAAUUCACCCAAAUGAAGGUAAUAAUUCAACACUACUUAUACUGAACCAAAAAAUUGAUAUUCCCAGGUCGUUGUUCUACAAAAUUUGGAAACUCCAUGACCUAAAAGUCUGUGCAGAUGGUGCAGCGAACAGAUUAUAUGACUACCUAAACGAUAACGAAACCAUAAGAGUCAAAUAUCUUCCUGAUUAUAUUAUCGGUGACCUAGAUUCACUAUCAGAUAAGGUUUUCAAUUACUAUAAGAAAAACAGGGUAAUUAUCAUUAAACAGACAACACAGUAUUCGACUGAUUUCACGAAAUGCGUGAAUUUGAUUUCUUUACACUUCAAUUCACCAAAAUUUCAUGCUUUGAUAUCGAAUGAAGACAAUUGUCAACCAAACCAUGGAAUCGAGCUAGAAAAAGGUAUUCAUACAUUAUACAAUAAUAUGACAAAAUCUUUGGUUUUUUCGGAAGUGACUCCGAUAAGUUUAUUAGCAUUAGGAGGCAUUGGUGGUAGAUUUGAUCAGACAGUUCACUCAAUCACGCAAUUAUAUACCUUAUCCAAAAGUGCAAGUUAUUUCAAACUUUGUUAUAUGACGCCGACCGACUUAAUAUUCCUAAUCAAGAAAAAUGGAACUUUGAUUGAGUAUGACCCUCGGUUUAGAAACUCUUGUAUAGGAAACUGUGGACUGUUGCCUAUCGGAGAAGCUACUGUAAUUAAAGAAACUCGUGGUUUGAAGUGGGACAUUAAAAAUUGGCCAACUAGCAUUGUCGACGGAAGAGUCAGUAGCAGUAACAGAUUUGUUGGACAGAAGUGCUGUUUCAUAGAUACCGAGCAUGACAUCGUUUUGAAUGUGGAAAUAUUUGUUGAUAAAUUAAUAGAUUUCCUAUAA